CAGCCAAUCAAACCCCGAGGCGCGGUCGGGACCCGCUGACGCCAGAGCGGCCGCAGCCAAUGGGCGCGCCGCUGUCUGUCCGCUCUUCGGCGGCCGGUCGGGGGCGGUGAAAAGCGAGUGAGGAGAGCGCGACGGCGGCGUAGCCAUCGCUGAGGGGAGAGCGAGGCCCGAGCUUCCGCAUCGAGAUUUGGUGGCUGAGGAAGGGACCCAGAGACGCCUUGAACAACAAAACGAAGGCAAGUCAAAAUGGUUUCAAUCCCAGAAUACUAUGAAGGCAAGAAUAUCCUCCUCACAGGAGCUACUGGUUUCUUAGGGAAGGUGCUUCUGGAAAAGUUGCUGAGAUCUUGUCCUAAGGUGAAUUCAGUCUAUGUUUUGGUGAGACAGAAAGCUGGACAGACACCGCAAGAGCGUGUGGAAGAAAUCCUUAGUGGCAAGCUUUUUGACAGGUUGAGAGAUGAAAAUUCAGAUUUUAGAGAGAAAAUUAUACCAAUCAACAGUGAACUCACCCAACCUAAACUCGCUCUCAGUGAAGAAGAUAAGGAGGUCAUUAUAGAAUCUACCAAUAUCAUAUUCCACUGUGCAGCUACUGUAAGAUUUAAUGAAAAUUUAAGAGAUGCUGUUCAGUUAAAUGUGAUCGCUACACGACAGCUUAUUCUCCUUGCACAGCAAAUGAAGAAUCUGGAAGUGUUCAUGCAUGUGUCAACAGCGUACGCCUACUGCAAUCGAAAGCAUAUCGAUGAAGUAGUUUAUCCUCCCCCUGUAGAUCCCAAGAAGCUGAUUGAUUCUUUAGAAUGGAUGGAUGAUGGCCUAGUAAAUGAUAUCACACCAAAAUUGAUAGGCGACAGACCUAAUACAUACAUCUACACCAAGGCACUGGCAGAAUAUGUUGUACAACAAGAAGGAGCAAAGCUAAAUGUUGCCAUUGUAAGGCCAUCGAUUGUUGGUGCCAGUUGGAAAGAACCUUUUCCAGGAUGGAUUGAUAACUUUAAUGGACCAAGUGGUCUCUUCAUUGCGGCUGGGAAAGGAAUUCUUCGAACAAUGCGUGCCUCCAACAAUGCCCUUGCAGAUCUUGUUCCUGUAGAUGUAGUGGUCAACACAAGCCUUGCUGCAGCCUGGUAUUCUGGAGUUAAUAGACCAAGAAACAUCAUGGUGUAUAAUUGCACAACAGGCAGCACUAAUCCUUUCCACUGGGGGGAAGUUGGAGAUUAUAUAAAUCAUUUCUUCAGGAUGAAUCCUUUAAACCAAGUACUCAGGCACCCUAAUAUUAAGUUCUAUACCAACAACCUAAUACUCCAUUAUUGGAAGGGUGUCAGACAUACAGUACCUGCAUUAUUGCACGAUCUUGCACUCAGGUUGACAGGUCAGAAACCGUGGAUGAUGAAAACAAUCACCCGUCUUCACAAAGCCAUGGUGUUUCUUGAGUAUUUCACAAGUAACUCUUGGGUUUGGAAUACUGAUAAUGUCAAUAUGUUAAUGAACCAAUUAAACCCUGAAGAUAAAAAGACCUUUAAUAUUGAUGUAAGGCAGCUACAUUGGGCAGAAUAUAUAGAGAAUUACUGCAUGGGAACUAAAAAAUAUGUAUUGAAUGAAGAGAUGUCUGGCCUCCCUGCAGCUAGAAAGCAUCUAAACAAGUUGCGGAAUAUCCGUUAUGGUUUCAAUACUAUCCUUGUGAUUCUUAUCUGGCGCAUUUUUAUUGCAAGAUCACAAAUGGCAAGAAACAUCUGGUACUUUGUGGUUAGUCUGUGUUACAAAUUUCUGUCAUACUUCCGAGCAUCCAGCACUAUGAGAUACUGAAGACCAAGAAUUUAGCAUUAGAACAUCUAUGCAUAUGGUGAUCUAAAUGCACAAAAUGUAAAAUGUACCUAAGUCAUCUCACCUUUUGUUAAGACAUUAAACCAUCUUAAGUUUGAGCGUGGAGUAAAUUAUGGUCCAUUUUAUGUAACAUUUUAAUGUUUAUGCUGAAAAUCUAGUGAACACACUGUGGUAUGCCAGCUCAGAUUUGCAAUACCCACUCAAACUAUGACUUAUCAUUUUGAUCUUUGGAAUGCAGAGGGUAGGAAGAGGAAAGAAGUGGGACUAUGGGAACAUUGACCAGUAUAACUGUGCAGUUCUGGAACAUACUAAUUAAAACAUGCCUUAACAUGCAGUCCUAAUAUUCAGUGCAAUGGGAAGUGUGCAGAGAGGAAGCCUAGCUAAAUUAGUUAAGUAUUUGAUUUGAUUCUUCAAUGUUAGAUUUUUUUUUGAUCAGAUGAGAGGUGGGUUUUAGUUUUGUUAAGACCACAGCCAUGUAUUUUUGCUUCCUAUAAAUUAUAGGUGGUAGCAUAUAUAAAAACUUGUUCUAACUUUCUGAUUAAAUGUGUGUUGCAUAUCAUUUUCCUGCAAGUAAUCAGUUGCUCUUAGGAUCAGAAGGCCAAAUAUUAUUCUAAAGACACUAACGGACCUAAGUGAACUUGAGAAACCGGAUCAGUACAUGCUCUGUGCAUUUGAAGCAAAGUGAAACCAUGCACAGUAAACCCGUGUUAGUAUCAAAUGUAACUCUAGUGAGAUAUGUUCUCAUUUUGAAGAGGAUUUCUUGAGACUUGAUUGGAGAUGGCAUUGGGGAAGGAUUUGUCACAUGUGUUCUCUCCUCCCUUACAAAUUUUCUCGCAGAAUUCACCCCGUCUUGAACGUGCAUUAUUCUGAAGGAAUGUAGUUACAGCUUUUAACAUUAAGAAAAUGUCCUCAUGUGUUUACCAACACAUACUAAUUUUGACCUUGAAAGCUGAAUUCCUUAAAAAUAAAUAAUGCAUAAGUAUGUGUAUAAAAUUAAAUAAAGGAUUUUACCAUGUAAAGUAGCAAACUUUUGAAUGAGUAUCAAGUCAUCAUUUCUUUGCAUGUUGUUUUAGCUUUAGAAAGACAUGCGUUAUAGAAACAAGUAAUAGCAAGAAAAUUGAUGUAUAUUUAUUGAUGCAUUACAAUUCCCUUUAAAUCUUACUAGUUUGUUACUAUUUUAUCAUAUAUUUUCUUUAAUGACUUGUUCAGCACAACACUGUUAUAAUUAAGCUGAUCAAGUACUACAUUUAAAUCAUCCGCUGUGUAUCUUGAAAGUGCUUAAAGGGGUCAGUUCACAGUACAAGAAAUGAAAUGUAACUUUACAUUUUAAUUUUUUGCCAGUUGAAAUGCAGUGUAGAAGAAGUUUAUUUUGCUAUUGUGGAAAAGCAAAAUGUAAAGAAACCAACUUUUUCCAUGCAGUUGUAUAGUCUUGAAAAGGAAAAAAAAUGCUUCUAUGUUGAAGCCAGACUUUGUGUAGUAAAACUUAUAAACAUAAUUUUAAAAGAAGUAUGUAUGUAAAUAUCUAUGUAUUCUUUGGAAUGAUACUGAAGUCUCUGGUCUAGGACCAUGCCUUGUUUAAGGUAUGAGAGACCAUGAUAGUGUGUGAAAAUGGAAUAAAUGAUGCCUAUAAGGUGGCCCACAUACUAUACAUUGAAUACUCCAUGUCUCCAAACACAUUUCCAUGAUGUAAUGACAACACACUAACCUUUGUAUGAUUUUUGUACAUCUGCCAAAUAUACCUAGAAUCUGGUGAAUUGUCUUUGGGUCUCAGAAAAGAAUCAGGUGCAAUGUGAGCAGGUCUGUAAAGUGGAUCAACAUGUGUCUUCUGUUUAUUGCUCUUGUCAUCUACUUUAAAGCAGUGCUGACUAGGGCUAUGCUGAGGUUACAAAUUAAUUUUGUGUAUUUAGAAUCCUGUUCUCAAAAGAAAGGUAAUGAAUAAAUGACACUCAUUCUGGAAUUUACAAUUUUGAAAUUAGUACGGAGAGAUCGUCAGUCCUCACCAAGUAUGCUUUGGAGUCAAGUCAUAUUUAAAGGAUUUGUAAAUGUAUUUUGUUUGUUUGUAAUUUGCUAGACAGCACUUUUAGUUCUGAUUUUAUUUUCCAUAGAGAUUAUUCAAUAGGACAACCUGUAAAAUAAAUUUAUUUCAUUCACCUUAUUUGACAAAACCGUAUUCUAAACCAUUUGGGGGGUUUUUCACUAGCUUUCCUUCUCUGAACUCUGGCAUACAUAUUUGUACACUGUAAUGUCAUUGUGACCAUUUAACUGCCUUGGCAACGCUAAUGUAUCUUAAAGCUUAGUGCAGAUAAGCAUGAGCAGGUGGUAUGUUGUUUGACUUAAGGGUGACAUAGAAUAAGCGUUCCUCCAGUCUGCCUGAUGAAGCUUGGAAGCAGGAGGGGACUCUCCCCUCUCUCCUUUGUGUUUCUCUAUAGGAACUGAUUGGAAAAUUUUGUUUUGUGUAUUGUUUGUUUGUUGUUUUAAGUGUAAACCGAUAAUCUUUUAUAAGAAGUAAAUAGAAGCAUUGGGUGCCUUUGUUUGUAAACCAAAAAGUAAUAAAUGAACCCUAUAUUUCUAUUCUAGCAUCUAUUGUAUUUUUACACUGUGGAAAUCAUCCAUGAGUUACCGUGACUAUGUAGUUCUAACCAUUUCAUCUUUCUUAGGUGCCCUCAUUGAUUCUCAGCAUCUUUUAUUUAUGUCUGAGUUAUUCACACAGUACUUUAGAGGAAGCAUGUAGGCAUAAUAAACACUUAGUUAAAAAUAUUUUUAUACAACAGUUAAUAAUGAAACAGAUUUUGUUUUGUUUUGUUUUGUUCUUAAUGUAAACAGAACCAAGAGACCACCAGCACAUUUCUAGGGCAAAUCACAUCAUGUUUAUAGAUUCUUCACCAGUAAUUGAUCUACUUUAUUAAAAGGAUUACUCAUUUUCACAGAGAUUGAGUGAACCACAUGGGGGAGGAUGAGAAUGCAUCAGGAUAAGAUUGCAGUGUAAAUGGUUUUGUAAGCAUGGCUUUCUAAGCCAGCUUCCAGCUCUGUCUUGAAACCGUUUGCACUGACUUGUUCUGCUUUGAAAAAAAAAAAUCUAACUUUGCAUGAGAAGCUUAGAGAAAAGGGUAUAUGCUGUGUAACUUACCAUGGAAAUGAGUUUCACAGUCUGUUUAAAUGUAUAUGAAAUAUUUUCUUAAUAAAGAAAAUUUGAGCAACAUUGUUUGAUGUGCUCCUUUUGCAAGUUGAUAAGUUCAAAAUGCAUUUACUUAUAAAAGCUCCAAGUGGUAUACAAGUUUAAUAAUUUUCCUGUUGUGCUCCAAGGAAGAAAGCUCUCAUUCUGUGUGUGCUUGUGCAGGGCUAAAAACCAUGCAUUAUAAUAUCUGUGAAGAUUUCUCCAAAAUCAUUAUAUAAGCAUUCUAUUGAAAUAUUAUCAAUAUAUUUAUCAUAAGAUAAAUACGCUAAUGACUUUGACAUAGUAAUACAAUUUUAUAUGAAUAAACCUUUUAAAAAAGGAAACAUACAUGUAAGCAGACAACUGAGGACAGUUUUAUUUGAUAUAGUCAUCCAGGGAGAUCAUGUAUUUUAAUUUGUCAGUGUUUAGUUUGAUACUUAAUACUCAGUUUGCUUUAUGUUAUAUCUUUCUCAGCUUCUGUAUUUCAACUUGGUUCUUGGUUUCAUGAGAACAAACUCAGCCUUCAUGCUGGACAUUGUAAAGACUCUAGCUGACACUUUUUGGGUACUUAGUGUUUGUUAGGCAUAUGCUAAGCAUUUCCAUAUGAUGCUCUAUUUAUGCCUUAUAACAAGCCCUCUGUUAAAGGCACCUCUGUUGUCCCUGUUUUAUUUGGGUAACUGAGGCAUAUGACACAUAAUACUAUCAGUGUCAGAGCCAGGACUUGAACUCAUCCUAGCUCUGAAGCCCACAGUUUUGUUCAAUAUAACUAUAGCUGGCCCUCCAUAUCCAUGUCUCUGGAUUCAACCCACCAUAGCUUGAAAAUAAUUUUAAGUUACUUGCAAACAUCUCUUCCAUAAACGAUAUGGUAUAGCUUUGGUCUUGUGCCCUUAAUUGCUUGAGUGUGUUUCUCAGGUGAUUUGUUAUGUAAACCUAUAUGUAUUUAAAUCUAGAUGAUUAAUCUAUUCUAUACUUAGGGCAUAUAAUAUAUACUGUUAAACAUGUGGCCUGCCAUUUGAGGUGUUCUGUGCUGCAUGACUGUUUACAUAAUUUUUAUAUCCUAUUAAGAAUAAGUAAUCUAGAAGUACUUUUAUGUGUACAGGCCAGUAUGCAAACAUUGUGCAACUUGUAUAAAGGACUCGGGCAUAUCUGGAGAUUUUGUAUUUGAAAUCACUGUUCAGAGAAAGUUCCUUGUCAGGUUGUACUCAUGUUCAUUUUUCCUUCCUAAAACUGUUAUCCGACAAAUACUGAAUGCCUAGUAUGCUUAGGUACUGUUUUAUAUGUCUUUAUCACCAAAUGAUAAGCUUCAAAGUAAUCCAGUCCUGAAUGGCACACUAUCAUCCCUUAGGAGUUUUUUGAUUGAUAAAAGCAGGUUAAUGUGUACCGCAGAUAAGGACAAAAUACAGCUGAGAGGAGGGAGCACUCACUGCUUUAAGAAAAAUCUCAUCGUAAGGUUGUGAUUUGAACACCCAGCAGGAGGAGAGUGGUGGAGAGAGGUUUCCAGGCCUUUGGAAGGAGUUGUGUCUGGAAAAGUAAUGUGAACCACAAGGAUAUUUAUUUUAAUUUUUGGUGCUAAAAAAUGGCAAGGUAGUCAGGGAAAGUUAAAGCUGGGGAAGGAGGGAAAACGGAGGGCCGUUGUAUGCUCAGAACUC